AUGGAAGAUAGUGAAGAUGGUGAUAUAAUAUAUUGUGUUCCAAUAACUAGGCAACCAGCUUUUGACCAUCCUCUUCUUAAAAACCACACCAUCCAGCUGAGACCGAGAUUCAUCCCGGAGGGUGAUUCUACGAGUAGCAGGGAAGAGGCAAAGGCUACUCAGGUUUGGCACAAUAGUGGAGAGUAUUGUCCAGAAAACACUGUUCCUAUAAGAAAAACAAAGAAAGAAGAUAUCUUACGACGAAAAUCCAUUGGGAGUUUCGGUAAAAAGACUCAACAAAGCAGCCCUGGAGAUCAUGAGUACGCAAUCAUGAGUACGAGGAAGGGCAAUUUUUACGGGACAGAAUUUGUAAUGAAUAUCUGGAGACCAGAAGUUGAAGUCUCCAACGAGUUCAGCUUGGCUCAGACUUGGCUCGCGUCUGGAGAUGGCUCUAAUCUUAACACCAUUGAAGCUGGUCUUCAGGUUUAUCCAGGAAAGUAUGGUGACAAUAAUAUUAGAUUAUUUGUUUACUGGACGAGAGAUGGAUACCGAAGAACAGGAUGCUACAACAAUGACUGCUCAGGUUUUGUUCAGACGAGCAACAAAAUAACUGUAGGUGGAUCCUACACUCAAGUCUCUCAAUACGACGGAGCUCAAUACGGCCUCCCCAUACUUAUAUGGAAGGACAGUGGAAACUGGUGGCUAAAGAUCGGUGAAGAGCUUGUCGGGUACUGGCCUGGCUCGUUGUUUACUUCUCUAGGAGAUAGAGGUUCGUUAGUUAAUUGGGGCGGUGAAAUUGUAAACCAAAUGACCAAUGGGAGACACACGGCCACCGGUAUGGGAAGUGGCCGUUUCGCAGAAGAAUGGUUUAAGAAAGCGAGCUAUUUCAGGAAACUUAUGACAGUUGAUGAAUCCAACACUCUCAGAGAUGCACAAGGAGCUUACCCUUAUGCUACUAAUGGUAACUGUUACAGCAUUAAAGCAGGAGAUGGAAGUUCUUAUUGGGGGAUUUAUUUCUUCUACGGUGGUCCUGAUGUAUCAGAGAAGAUUCUCAAAGCACUUCCCGUCGAAACUCCCUUCAAGUUUCCCUCACCAUUGCCUACUUUGCCUCAAGGUGGCGGGUUUGCGAGACGAGCCAUUGACUUGGGAGGUCUCGAGGUAAGUCAAGUCUCGACAUUCAACAAAGUAUGGUCCACUUACGAAGGAGGACCAGACAACCUCGGAGCUACAUUCUUCGAACCAUCAUCGAUCCCUUCCGGUUUCUCCAUUCUCGGUUAUUACGCUCAACCAAACAACCGUCGACUUUUCGGUUGGGUACUCACAGCUAGAGAUCUCUCAAGCAGCAACGCCUUGAAACCUCCUGUAGAUUACACCCUCGUGGGAACCACCGAGUCGCUCAAGAUCAAACAAGACGGGCCUGGCUAUUUCUGGCAUCCCGUGUCCCCUGAUGGAUAUCAAGCCGUUGGUCUCAUAGUCACAAACUCCUCACAAAAGCCUCCUCUAGACAAGCUACGCUGCGUUCGAUCCGAUCUAACAGAGCAAUGUGAAGCUGAGACAUGGCUAUGGGGAUCAAACGGAGUCAACGUUUCGAGCCUAAGACCGACCACAAGAGGAACGCAAGCUACAGGUGUCUGUGUAGGCACGUUUGCUUGGCAAACCCAAGAUUCCUCUCCUCCAUCUUUAUCUUGCUUGAAGAAUGCGAAACUCGACUUCUCUACGAUGCCAAAUGAGUCCCAAAUCGAAGCACUGUUCAAGAACUAUUCUCCAUGUAUCUAUUUCCACCCAGACGAAGAAUAUCUACCUUCCUCUGUUAACUGGUACUUCACCAACGGUGCAUUGCUAUACAAGAGAGGCCAAGAAUCAAACCCAGUCCCUAUCGAAUCUAACGGCUCGAAUCUUCCACAAGGCGGAUCAAACGACGGAUCAUACUGGCUAGAUCUUCCGGUGGACAAAAACGGAAAAGAGAGAGUGAAGAAAGGAGACUUACAGAGCGCAAAAGUGUAUCUCCACAUCAAACCAAUGCUCGGAGCAACAUUCACAGACAUUGCCAUCUGGGUAUUUUACCCUUUCAAUGGCCCAGCAAGAGCCAAGGUCAAAUUCUUAAAUUUGCCAUUGGGGAAAAUCGGCGAGCACGUUGGGGACUGGGAACACGCGACGUUACGGGUAAGCAAUUUCAACGGAGAGCUGUGGCGAAUGUUCUUAUCGCAGCACAGCGGAGGAGUUUGGGUCGACGCCUGCGAUUUAGAGUUCCAAGGAGGAGGAGGAGGAGGAAGCAACAAGCCUGUAGCUUACGCGUCGCUUCACGGGCACGCGAUGUAUCCGAAACCUGGGCUGGUGUUACAAGGAGACGAUGGGGUUGGGAUACGGAACGAUACGGCGAAGGGUAAGAAGGUAAUUGACACGGGAUUGGGGUACGAGGUGAUUGCGGCGGAGUAUGUAGACGGAGACGGCGGAGGAGUGGCGGAACCGCCGUGGGUGAAUUAUCUCAGGAAAUGGGGACCGAAAAUUGAUUACAAUGUUGACGAUGAUGUUAAGAGGAUCGAGAGGAUAUUGCCUGGGCCUUUGAAAAAGGCCUUUGUUAAUUUUGCGAGGAAGAUUCCUGAUGAAGUAUAUGGUGAAGAUGGGCCUACUGGGCCCAAACUCAAGGGAAAUUGGGCUGGUGAUGAAAAGUGA